AAUCCAAAAGCAAUUGUUGACUAUUUUACAAAGAGGGGUAUAAGCCUCAAGAUAGAAGGAGAGUUUGAUAAAAUGGAUAGGGUUGAAUUUCUUUCUAAACAAUAUUAUAGUUCAGAAGCUAAAAAUACUCACUUUGAUGUACUUGAAGUUUUUAAAAAUUCAAUUAUAUGUGCACUGCCUGGAGCAGACAAAACUACUUUAAAAGAUUUAUAUGCUGAUAAAUUUAUAAACAUAGAUAAUUAUGUAAAUAUAGAAUUAGAAGAAUUAAUUAAAAUAGCUGAUAAAGUUCAGAAAUACAUCCCUGAUUAUAAAUAUAAUGUUGCUUUUCGACACAACAGGGAUAAAUUACUUAUGAAAUUUAGUGAUAUUAAAAAAGAUCUAAAGAAAAACAAGACUUACUUGUUAGAACGAGUAGUUGGUUUAGCCAACAAUUAUGCAUAUUAUCCUGACAUACAUACUAUAAGUAAUGAACUACAAUAUAGUGAAUUACUUAACCAAUUAUUUGAUCUUGAUAUAAGCCCUAUGGAAAAAGCUAUUCAAAAAACAAAGAUCAUACUUAAUGAAGUUGACUUUAAAGCAGACUUUCUACUUCAAAAUUAUCAAAAUUUACUAUAUUGUUUAGAUCUUGAUUUUCCCACUAUAUCAAGGGAUACUUUAUUUUUUGACCCUGAUAUUCAUCUGAUUUGCUCAAAAUUUAUCAUUGAAAGAUGGAUUUACCAAAAUGGUGGUUGCCAAGAUAGUUUGGGAGAAAAUAUGUUACUUGUCAAAGAGAGUCCUUUUGCUUCUAUUAUAAGUUUACAAAAAUUCUUUACAUUAUUUGGAAGUAGCUCACUAGAGUUAUCAUAUUUAAUGUCUAGAGAUCCAAAGGCGAAUAUAAAAUAUCUUACUUAUUUGUUGUAUAAUAAGUUAUUUGGUGAUAUAUUAAAUAUUGCGUGGCCACUUUUGGCAGAUUUUAAUUUAGAUAAUGUAAACACAGGUACAAUUAUUAUACCACUAGAUCAUUCAGAUUCUAUUCAAAAAAUUUUAGAUUGUUUAAAAAGAG